AUGGCGUCGUCAGCAAACUCAACAUCCAAGAUCCUCAAGGGCGGAUGCCUAUGCGAGUCUGUCCGCUACAAGAUAUCCUUCCCCAAGGAUCACGAUCUUUCCAACGAUACUUUAGGUUGCAUUUGCCAAUGCACCCAGUGUCGCAAACAAACCGGAAGCUUUUUCCUCGCAACUUUGACAGUCCCCAUCUCCGCCAUCGAGUGGCAGGGCGACUCGGAGGAGAUCAUCAAAAGAUAUCGCAAGUCCAAAAAUAUCGCUCGGGGUUUCUGCGGCAACUGCGGCUCCUUUUUGUUCUGGCAUCCCGACGGGAAAGACAUUAGUAUCGCGACUGGAAGCCUAGAUCCUUCGUAUCUCUUUGGUGAAGGAGUUGAGGACAUGAAGAGUGAAGCUCCCUCGGAUGGGUUUGCAAAGGAGAUUUUCAGUGGGCAUUUCAACGUGGAGUUUUGCGAGAGUGAGAUCAAGGGCGUUACGGAUGAUAUGCCCAUUCUUCAUAAGGGAAAGCGAUGCCAAGGCGAUAGCUCCAAUUCCUGA